AUGGCUGACUGCAAUCCUCCGCUCUCUUACGAGGCUUCGGCCACGACCACCCAUCAGCACGAGGGCACCUCGCUGCCGUCGGAGGUGGUCUCAUGCCUGAAGAAUUCGCGCUUCCUCCAUUUGGCAACAUGCGACAACCUCACUCCCCAUAUCUCUCUGAUGUCCUACACAUACCUCCCGUCGACCCCCUACGACCCGCACCCGACUAUCAUCAUGACGACCAACCCCGCGUCGCGCAAGACCAAUCACCUGCUGUCGAACCCGCGCGUUUCCCUGCUGGUGCACGACUGGGUAUCUCACCGUCCGCCGACCCGUGCUCCUAACCCGCACGGCGAGCGUGAGGGAUCUCCUCCUCCCGCGGCGACUCGGUCAUCGCUGGCAAGCUUGCUCCUCAACUUGAACACCAGCGCCCUGUCCAGCAUCUCCACCACCAUCACCGGCCAGGCACGCUUCCUCGAAUCUGGAUCGGAUGAGGAAAAAUGGUGCAAGGAACGGCACCUGGAGAAUAAUACAUUCGAGGAGGAGGAGAUUAGCUUUGGUCAGCAGCCCGUGGAUCCCAGUCAGAGACGGCCCAGCUUGGCUAUCGAUAGUGAUGUGCGAGUCGUGACUGUGCAAGUUCGUGAGGGCCGUAUCGCAGACUGGAAGGGUGGAGUUCGGGACUGGGUUUUGCUUCCGAUCGAGCAGACUCAGGGGCUUGUCAACGGCGUAUAG